AUGAUUAUGGGUCAUUGGCUCCGCCACAAUCAGCCACCCUGGGACAUCGGCGCCGAGAUGAGUAUCCCGGGUUGGAUCACGCCGGACCUCGAAGAAGUUUGGUUCCAAAACACCAAAUUCAUCUUGCCGGCUUCCAAGCUCCGCAGACCAGACUUCUACCAACACGACGUUGGUGCUAGACUCGAGGCGAAUACUGUCAACUUUCUCGCGAGACUCUAUGGACGCCGAAACGCUCCGCAACCAGUGACAGUAGAGGUGCUUGUCGAUACACAUGAAGAUCUCAGAAGGGCUCAAAAGUCUAUUCAUAGGCUACUCCUGGUCAGCUACUAUCUCGGAGACCGUAGCGAUCUGCUCAACAUCAAGAUCCUGGUGGACACAUACACAAACAUGGGUUUCAUCGAAGCAAAUGAGGAAAUUGCUAAGCCCCUAAUGACAAGACUACAGCAAGACUGCACGAAUAUGCGGAAAUUCAGGGAUGGAAGCAUGACAACGGCGCAAGUGCUCAAUUAUGUUGGAGUAUCGCCCCUUACAACGCCGGAUGUGAUUCCUCGACCGCCCGAGGUCAAGGUAGCAGGGUUCAUGUGUUGUGCGGCCACCUAUGUGGGCAUUUAUGCGCAUGGAACGACGAAUUCGAAGACAAUGCUCAUGAAGAAAUGUAAACAGCUUAUCAAGGAUGUGUGGCAGAGGGAAGAGGAAGGGGAAGGAGUGCAUAAAGUCUACAGCACUUUACUCGAUCCUUAG